AUGAACGAAUGGAUUGAUGAAGCAAUUAAAAAUAGACAUUUGAAAUUUCAUCAAUAUAAAGUAUUUAGUGAUGUUCGUGAAAUUGGAGGUGGUUCAUUUGGAACAGUUUAUAAAGCAUAUAAUUCUAACCAUGAGAAACACAUGAUUUUGAAAUCAUUGGAAAGAGGCCUCGCUUCUGAACAAGCAUCUGAACAGAUUAUAAAUGAGCUUCAACUACAUCGACAAGUUGAAAUGCAUAAGAAUAUUAUAGGCUUCUAUGGCAUAACCAAAAAUG